AUGGCCGUCAAGCCAUUCCCACAUCCCAUCCACUUCUUCCUCGUUGCACUCCUCUUCAAAGAUACUUAUUCUUAUCACAGAUCUUUCAAUCUCGAAAUCACUGGCGUAAUCGACCCCGAGAUCGACGUCGGCUGGGUCAGCUUUGUGACGGUCUCUCUCUUGCAUCGACGACGCCGCAUUGGUGAAAAGACUCUUUACGACAUGCAUAUCAUUCUUGACGAGAAAAACGAAGUGACUAUCAAACUUGAGGGCUUUCAAAUUCAGAGCAUGGUUAGGUUCAGGGAUUUCGCUCUAAAGAUGAUGCCCAAACUAAAGGCCAACCGUCAGAAGAGCAAACAAGCGCCUGUUAUGGCUGCGCUGGACACUGAUGAUAAUGGUCAUGAGCUCUUCAUCUCUAUAGAUCUGGGUCAUAUGUUGGAGACCUCCAUCUUGGAUCUGACCGUCCAGUUUGUUAACAAGAGAAUCAGAAUUGUCUUCAAAAUAUCAAGCGGCAACCCGGUUGACCUCGCCUUUGGAUGGUGUCAGUUUCAGCUGAAGAAGGACAAAACGAGUCUGGCUUUCUUGGAUGGCCAUUUUGAUAUUCAGCCUGACAAAUGCGAAAUUGUCAUGGAAGGAGAGCCUGAGAUCGCCGACCCUGUAUUUUCCGGUAAAGCGGUUUUGAAAGGAGUCAAGACGUAUGACAACAGCAAGAGUUGGCUUGCUCUUGCCAUCCAAGCAUUUGAGAUGGAAGUCAACCUAGAUAAAGUGGUCAUGGGAGAAGCCCAAGCUGCUGAGGAUGAAGAGGAUGAAGGCAACGAAGGCAACGAAGGCGGCGAAGGCGACAAAGGCGAUAAAGCCUAUGUGCCCGAUGGACGGCGACGACGGCGAUAA